AACCUUGUAUUGUCAAGCAUAAUAUUUCUGAUUUCAGUUCAAGGAGAAUGGCCAAAGUUCUUCUUUCCGCCCUCCUCUUUGGCCUGCUGCUCUUCGUAGUGGAUGCAUCUCGCAACACUCAGCUGACUGGCAGGGAGAGCGAUGUGACUUACGUCAUCGAUGGGCCUCGUGAAGGUAACCAGGCUGCUGAUCUCAAUGUUAUCAUCCAGAACACCCCGAAACACGGCCUCCAAGAUACAUACUGCUGCCUGAGGAACGGCUUUGGAUGUGUUCAGGAGUGCGACUCCAACAUCAAAUACUACUGCUGCCUGAAGAAUGGAUUCGGAUGCCAACAGUUCUGCGAGGAAAACGUUAAUUAUUUCUGCUGCCUCAAGAAUGGAUUUGGCAGCUGCCAGCAGCUCUGCGACUCGUCCAAGGAACACUACUGCUGCAAAAAGAACGGCUUUGGGAGCUGCACUGGAAUGUGCCCCAAAACCGUGGACCUGAUGAAGUGAUCUGCGUUUGAUGAAAAGUGUAUGCAACAUCUGGAAUCAAAAGCUUAUAAUUGCUGAUACUCUUUA